AUCUCGGGCAGAGCGGACCGCACGCUUAGGCGGGAGUAAGAGACACCGCUGUUGGUCCGCGGGUGGAUUCGGACCAAUCAGAAGAGAGGUCAUUGGAAGGCCGGUAGAGGAGGUUGGAAGUAGGAAGAGGAAAGUAGAGGCGGUAGAGGGGGAGGAGUCGCUAGCCGGAGGAACCUGGAGAGUCAGUCCGUUAGAGGAAGAUGUCUUCCCGAGGACACAUUGGAGAUCCUGAGUUUCUGACCAAAAGGAUUCCACAGAACCCAAAGUAUCAGCAUGUCAAGACUAGACUUGACACUGUGGGCGAUUCAGAGUUAAACUCAAGAGGUUAUGAAUUCCAUGAUGUCAUCUCCUGUCUUCAACAAAAUUAUCCACCUUUGAAAUCUUCAAAGACCUCAGUCUUCCUCCUGGGUAAUAGUAUGACGAAAUACACCGAGAAACUAGAAGAGAUUAAAAAAAAUUAUAGAUACAAAAAAGAUGAGCUUUUCAAGAGGCUGAAAGUUACAACUUUUGCCCAGUUGGUCAUCCAAGUUGCUUCUCUGUCUGAUCAACCACUGGAAGUGACAGCCGAAGAGAUUCAAAGGCUAGAAGAUCAUAAUACAGCGCUUGCCAUUCCUGAUGCUGAUGACAAGAUCAACGGGAAAGGUAGUCCCACUGAGAAGCCGCCCAGCCCCAUCCAGUUCAUCAGCAAUGCUGGGGCCGGAGAAGGCUGCCGGUCCACACUGCAGAGCGUCAUCAGCGGUGUUGGAGAACUGGACCUAGACAAAGAGUCACUGAAGAAAACGGAGCCCAACACUAAAGAUAAGCCUUAUCCCGAUUGUCCCUUCCUGCUGCUAGAUGUCCGAGAUAAAGAUUCUUACAAUCAGUGCCAUAUUGUUGGAGCUUACAGUUAUCCAAUUGCCACCUUGUCUAGAACCAUGAAUCCUUAUUCAAAUGAUAUUCUUGAGUAUAAAAAUGCCCAUGGCAAGAUUAUCAUUCUCUAUGAUGAUGAUGAGAGGCUCGCCAGCCAAGCAGCCACCACCAUGUGUGAACGAGGAUUUGAGAACCUCUUCAUGCUCUCUGGAGGUCUGAAAGUUCUAGCCCAGAAAUUCCCCGAGGGACUGAUUACUGGGUCAUUGCCAGUGAACUGCCAACAAGCACCUCCUCCUGGGUCUGCCCGAAAGAGAUCCAGCCCCAGAGCGCAGACUCAGUAUGCUGAGAACAAAUGGAGAUUUUCCCCAGAAGAUUUAAAAAAGAUAGAAUAUUAUCUGGAAGAAGAGCAAGUUCCCCUGGAAACGCCUGGCCGAUUGAGCCGUGGCAACUCCUCUGUAAGGGAUCCCAAGUUCACAGGUGGCAAUUCCUCUGGACGGGAUACCAAGGUUCCAAGCAUCCGCAACAAUCAGAGCCUGCCUACUGGAAACAGUGUCAGCAACCUGAACCCCCGUUCACUUAGUAGUGGCUACCUUCAGUGCAAACCCUGGAAGUAGAGACCUUGUCAAAUAAAUUAUUUCCCAUUUAUGGGAAUCCUUAAGCACUUCCCAAGUUGGUAAUUUUCAGAAACUUCUUCAGUGGACAGACAAUAACACAGGGAGGACUGUUAACAAAUGUCCCUCACAGAAAAUAAGAGAUGCAUGACAGGCUCUAGUCUCUUCCCUGCCGUUUACAGAGUAUUGAAGUCAUCAACUCCAAUAGGAAAAUAACUCUCUUUAGUGUCUUUUGGCUUGGGUGUGUUCCAGUGUUUCUUUGUAUCCCCAUUUUUUCCCUUGUACUGUAAAUACUUCAUUUAUGUCUGCUGGUUGGUUUCUCCCAACUCUAUUCUCUUGCCAUUUACUGUUUUUGAUUUUAUGAAGGAAUCUUCAACCAUGCUUUCAAGAUGACUUCGUUAGGAGUUGUCCCAGGAGCUUCCAGUGAUUCUUAGAAUCCAUCCUGCCAGCCAUCUCCACCCCAAACAGUGACCCACUUCCUUGCAAGCUCCCUUCCCAGACCAGGAUGCAAGUCCUGCCAAGGAUAAUGGGGGCUGGUGGCCAUGGGUGUCGAUCUGCCCAACAGCUUGAGGGCUAGUGGAGUAGCCCCUUAGACCUUCCUAUUAAGGCUUCUCUGUUCACUACAUUUUGCUGGAGUGGGCAGUGGUAAUGGUGCUUGCUUGCCAUAGCACAGACAAGUUGUUACUGUGUGAGAACUGAAAUGGUUGAUCAGGUUUAAAUGGUAGCUGCCUACUCGAUUCACCCUUGUUAGUGUAGUUGGAAAUGUGGCUACUUGAAGUCAUCCCCAUUCUUCCCUGCACUGGGACUUCUGGCUGAGGAGGGGUGGCUUAUAUUUCUUUGUCAGAGCCUUUAGCUUCUAUUGGUCCUUGCUUGCAUCCUGCUUCCUGCCUCAAACAUACAGUAUUAGCUGAAUUGUGUCAUCUGUCCAAUUCCUUCCUUAUUUCUCAUUGCUGGCAUGGAGCUCUGACUUUGAAGUUAUGAGAGUAUUGGUUCUGGCUUAGGCUGGAAUUUUAAUUCACUGUUAACUGCAUCGUUAGGUGGCCGACUUACCAAUUCGGUUUAGACUUUGGGUAAAAGAGAGGGAUCCUGAAAUGUUUAUGGCCUGUAACUUAAAGUUCUGAUAGAGAAAUGAUUGUCACAGCUGUGUGCUUUCUCAAAGUCCAAAUGAAAAAUUCUCUUCUCUGCCUCACUUUGGUUGUUUGGGUUUUGUUUUGUUUUCCUCUCUUCACAAUCAAGUUCCCCGGGGGACACAGCAUUUGUAAGAAGAUCAAAUGAAAAGUUAAUAUUUCAGAGAGGCUUGUGAUAAAACAGCUCUGAAUUAGGGUCUGCUAAAAUGUAGCCUUUUGUUUUCAUUUCCUAAAUGUAGCAUUUUCCUAGGUUUAGGAAUCCGGAAAAUCCAAGAUACUAUGAAGAAGGCAGGCCAAGAGAGGCUUCAAAAAAAAGGUCAAGAAUUGUCUUAUUAAAAUUCAGCCAAUAUUUUGCUAGAAACUUAUUGCCCAAGAUCCUCGGUCAGCUUUUCAGCUGAUGCCAAAAUACUACAGUAUUUAUUUCUUCUGUUAAGGUAUAGAUAAAAGAGCUUUUUUUCCCCACCCACCCUACAUACUCUUGAGAAAAUCAACUUACCGCAAGCAUUGAUAAUAUUUUCAGCCAUUUGACAUAAUUUUUAAGAAAAAAAAUUACUUUGCUACAGAGCAAAGCACUCACUACUCUUCCACUUGAGAAUAGCCAGUCAGGAGUUCUACUGACCUUCCUGCCCCCAUUUUGAAAGUCAAUCAAUGUACUCCCAUCCCCAUUUUGCUCUUUGUACCCCUUUGCUGUCAUGACCAUAUAUGACACUAGAUUGCUAGAGACUUUAUUAUCUGUACAUAUUUUAUAGUAGGUUUAACUGAACCUUUUAGACUUGCUGCAUGUUUUAAAUUUCAGAAAUAUUUACAGAGUUGAAUGUAUUUUAUAAAUAUUUUUGCAUAGGUGUAAUAGUACUCUGGUCCUAUUGGUAGGGCUUUUAAACUAAGUGGGCCUCAAAAGAUCUGUGCUAAUUUUACACCUUAAAUGUUACUGUCAGACAUUCCAGAUAAAUUUUCAUUUUAUGUUCCAUCUGGUUCUUAAUGUUUUCCCUUUUAUAAUUUCCUCAUUAGUUUACUGGUGUGCUGUGUUCAGUUGAUCAGUGAUACUCUGUGUGAUUAAGACUGUUGGAAGAUUAAAGUAUAAUGCACAGUGA